CCGCUACGAACAGGAGGAACCGCGUUUGUGCGUAGCGUCUGCGCACUGGCCGUCGCGCGUACUGUCAUUUGGAAUCAUCUGUGUUUAUGAAAACAGCUUGGCUGGAAAAUCGAUAACUCCAAUCAAAAGGGAGCAGACGAGCACAAUGACGAAAGUGAACGAUAAACAACAUUGCAACUGAACAACGUCUUGUUUUGGGCACACGGAGCAAAGAAUGUACAAAUCAGUGUUUUGGUGGUAGUGUUUAGGGAAUUGUGGAAGUGUGCGUAAAGAAGAAGAUGUUUAUGGACGACAGUGGCAUCGAGAGCGGCGACAAGCUGGAAUCGCUGUUCAUCGACGAGCUCGCCAGCUUCGGGGAGGACCAGCUGUUAACGGACACUGCUGCACCUGCGCUUGUUAAGGGUCCCGUGGACUCGGACGCCGAAAGUGACAUCUACUCCAAGCUGAACGAUUUCGAUGUGGUGUUUGAAAAUCCGGGCGAACGGCCCGAUCCGAUUCGAGCGGCCGUAGCAGCGGCGGCCGCUCCCGUGCCCGACUCCGACCUCCGUCUUCCGCGGCCGCAGCCGUCCAGUGGCGCCGGCGGACGCAAGGUUCUGACGAGCGACAACAGUACCGAUUCGUUCGCUUCCUCCACGGCCACGUCCAGCGGAGCGCCGGUGUCUUCCGGCGCGAACGGAGACGAAGGUGGUGGGCAGCGCGAUCACGGGGCCAGCACGGUGCCGCAGCUCAGCACGUGCAAGAUAUUGCAGCGCAAGCUGGAGCUGAAGGUGGAACGCGCCAAACGCAACUACCGCCAGAUGUACCACGAUGGGGGACAGCAGGAUCCAAUCGAAAAGGAGCCGAAGAUUAGCAGCCUCAUACCGAUCUCGCGCCUUCCGAUACCGGCCGGGCGGGAAAGCCACCAGCUGGUGGACGUCAACACCGGCUUCAACAGCGAUGACGAGCUGGAGAAUGUGUCCUUCUUUCCGCGCCCCAAUCGGAAGGGCAGCGGCGGGAGCAACACGCGCCAGGAGCUGUCCGACACGUUCAGCAUCCAGGAGAUGACGAUCGAGUCGGACAACGACGAGCUGGACUUUGAGCAGUGCCGCAAGAUGUCGGACAGCAAGGGCUACCGGAAGAUACUGAACCGCGGGUGCUCGGGCGCGGCCGGCAAGGACGACUAUCUGGACAACGAUACGCUGGACGAGGAUGACGAUUCGCAGAACCUGGAGCUGCUGCCACCGAAGGGCGGCGGUUACGCGCUGAAGGAGCAGCUGCGGCGGCUGUUUUGCUGCUGCUUCGUAAAGAGUAACGAUUUCCUGUGAUGUGAUGGAGAGAGGGAGUCCGUUGGGGGAAGGCAAGUCGUAGCACUCGUUCGUUUGAUCGUUUUUUUCCUUCUUGGGGCUUCCCAUGCGAGAGCAACGUCGUGUGCGGGAAGGAAGGGGAAGCGACAAAAUGUAUCCGCAAACAUAUUACUGCUAGCAGCAACAAAUAAACGCUUCCAGCAUAUUGGGAGGAAAUUAUUAAU